UGCUAACCGUUGUUGGCCCACGCGCUGCGAUCACGGUCCCCUCGGUGACGUCUGUGUCCCUUCUGAUACCAGUGGCCCUCUGCCAUAUUUAUUCAUGCCGGGCAAGAUGGCGGCGAUACGGACGAGGUGUUAUUGCCAGUGGACGUAAAAAGGAAUUUUAUUCAAAAUAUAAAACCGAAUCAGAUACAUUUUUACACUUGGCCGUAUUGUGUGUGUGUUUACCGCGUUGCGAGCGUCGACGUCUUUUUUAUUUUACGCGUUUAAAUGUUUUUUUCUCACAAAAUGUUCACGUUGUAGCUUGCUCGCUAACCGACCAGCUGGCUAACAGAGAGCAGUUACUAGCUAGCUAGCUAUCCAUCACAGCCAAGCCGCCGUGAAGUGUAGAAUGGGAGAAAAGCUGGAGCUCAAGCUCAAAUCGCCGGUUGGAGCAGAACCUGCUGGCUAUCCGUGGCCACUACCAGUAUACGAUAAACACCAUGAUGCUGCUCAUGAAAUCAUCGAAACCAUUAGGUGGGUGUGUGAGGAAAUCCCAGACCUCAAACUGGCAAUGGAAAACUACGUACUCAUUGACUAUGAUACCAAAAGCUUCGAGAGUAUGCAGAGACUUUGUGACAAGUACAACAGGGCCAUUGACAGCAUUCAUCAGCUAUGGAAGGGGACCACCCAACCCAUGAAGCUGAACAAGCGUCCUUCUAAUGGGCUGCUAAGACACAUCCUACAGCAGGUGUACAACCACUCAGUGACCGACCCGGAGAAGCUGAACAACUAUGAGCCUUUCUCCCCUGAGGUCUAUGGAGAGACCUCUUUCGACCUGGUGGCUCAGAUCAUUGACGAGAUGGAAAUGAUGGAAGAUGACACCUUUGUUGACCUCGGCAGUGGAGUGGGGCAGGUAGUGCUGCAGGUUGCAGCAGCAACAAAUUGUAAACACUACUAUGGUGUAGAGAAAGCAGACAUUCCAGCUACCUAUGCAGAGACCAUGGAUAAAGAAUUCAAGAAGUGGAUGAAAUGGUAUGGAAAGAAACAUGGGGAGUACACACUGGAGAGAGGUGAUUUUCUCUCUGAAGAAUGGAAAGAAAGGAUCGCCAACACAAGUAUUAUUUUUGUGAAUAACUUUGCCUUUGGUCCAGAGGUAGAUCACCAGCUGAAGGAGCGUUUUGCUAAUAUGAAGGAAGGUGGGAAAAUUGUAUCCUCCAAACCUUUUGCACCUUUAAAUUUUAGAAUAAACAGUCGAAACUUGAGUGAUAUUGGCACAAUAAUGCGUGUGGUGGAGCUUUCUCCACUGAGGGGCUCUGUGUCCUGGACUGGAAAACCAGUUUCGUACUACCUGCAUACCAUAGACCGCACCAUACUUGAAAACUAUUUUGCUAGUCUCAAAAAUCCUAAACUCAGGGAGGAGCAAGAGGCAGCUAGGCGACGUCAGCAGAAGGAUACGAAGGACAGUAAAAGCAAUAGCACCACACCCACGAAACCGAAAGAACAAACCAAGCAGGACUCCUGUGGAGAGGAGGAGCGUCCCAGCUUGGUGACAGUGGUCAAGCCUUCUGCCAAACCCCGAAGAACCCGACUCUUGUCCAAAGGUCGCAAGUUGAACAACAAGAAGCGUGGUCGACCCAAGAAAGCUGCCCCGGCUGCUGAGAAGAAAAACAAGAAGAAUCAGAGCGCGCUGGAUUUGCUGCAUGCCAAGACUCUUUCUGCGGCACCCCCUCAGGAUGCAUACCGGCCACCUCAGAGUCCCUUCUACCAGCUACCUCCCAAGGUCCAGCACUAUCCCUCGAGUCAACUGCUGCUGAGCCCGACUCCACCUGGUCUGCAACAACUCCUAGAUAACAUCAAAGUUCAAUACCUCCAGUUUAUGGCCUACAUGAAGACUCCUCAGUACCGCUCCAACCUGCAGCAGCUUUUAGAACAGGAGAAGCAAAAACACAGGGACCUGUCAGGGCAGGCAGAGCAGCUCCACUCUGUCUGUCAGUCUCACAAGGACAAGAUCAAAGGUCUCUUUCAGACCAAACUAGAUGAGCUGGGAGUGAAAGCCCUGACUGUUGAGGACCUGCUGCAGGCCCAGAAGGAGAUAUCAGCUCACAAUCGUCAGCUGAAAGAGCAGACUAAGCAGCUUGAGAGAGACAUGGCCUUGCUGAGAGACCACAGUCUGCUACUGCUGAAGUCUCGAUGUGAGGAGCUGAAGUUGGAUUGGGGCUCUUUGUGUUUGGAAAGUUUGUUGAAGGAGAAGCAGGCACUGCGCAGACAAAUCUCUGAGAAACAGAGACACUGCUUGGAGUUGCAGAUCAGCAUUGUGGAGCUGGAGAAAAGUCAAAGGCAGCAGGAGCUGCUUCAGCUGAAAUCCUACAGCCCCUGUGAGGGCUCCCCAUACAGAAAGAGCCUGGAAUCACGCUCUUCCACGGACAUGGACUCGUCUAAGCUUGGCCUGUCCUCAGCCCCAGCCCUCAAUGGUAUCAGCCCAGAGCUCUCUAUCAAUGGCACCAGCUCACCCUGUUUUGACCGGGCCAACAUCAAGGGGGAGCUUCUUUCUCGCUACCUGCCCAUCUCUCCUGACCACGAGAUCGUGCCUGCCACCCCUGAUGCUCGGCAGAGGCAGCAAGGCUCCUCCCACGCUCUUCCUGACUACACACGCUUCUCUCCUGCCAAGAUUGCCUUGCGGAGGCACCUUAACCAGGACCCCACUGCAUCUGCUCACUUGAGAGGUCCGGGGCUGACCACACACAGGGAACUGGGAAGUGUUAACUCUCCACUCGGUGCCAAACAGAACUGCCCCUCUCCCAAUGCAUCUGAUGCACAGAAAAGUUCAGAGAGGGGUGGUAAGGAGAGGAGUCCGUCUGUUCAGGGUGACAACAGCAUUACAAGCCUUCCAAUUAGCAUCCCAUUGAGCACUGUCCACCCAAGUAAACUACCAGUCAGCAUCCCACUGGCCAGCGUGGUGCUACCCAGUCGUGCUGAGAGACUGAGAAGUACUCCGAGUCCCGUGUCUCAGGCAGGCCAGACGAAUGGAUAUUCAUCCAGCUCAGGACUGAUGAAUGGAGGUCCCCACCUUGAGGACCAUAAUGGUGUUUCUUCAUCACCUCCACCACACAGCAACACUCCUCUGAUAGGACCAAUAGGCCGAGGAGGUCCCAUCCAGAGCCCCCCACUCAGUACUGGAGGGGUGCUCCAGUAUGCAGAUGGACCCCCGAGGAUUCUUCCAGAAGACGAACAAGACCGCCAGGGGGGUGAAUCCGACACAGAGCCCCAGGACAGUGAACUGCGGAGGAGAAUCUUUUUCUCCUCCUCCUCCUCUUCAUCCUCGUCUUCCUCUUUGUCAGGCAGUGGAGGCAGCACGGCCGGAGGAUCACGCCUCCACCACCACACUGGCAACUCAGCAAAGCAGGGAUACCACAGUAACCAUGGAAACCACCACCACCAGUCCCCCGGCACACAGCACACUCACACACCCACACAUACGUUGUCAUCACAUUCCUCUCACACCCUUGGCUCUCAAGAGGGACGCAAGCGGGGGAGAAGGAAACGCAGCUCUGCAGGACCUGUCACAGCCAGCGGAUCCCCAAAGAGGAGGUCAUUCCCUGGGGUCAGCUCCAACAACCACUCCUCAGGAUCACCACUCAACAUUAACUCAAUGGUCAACAACAUCAACCAGCCUCUGGAGAUCUCUGCCAUCUCCUCCCCAGAACAAUCAAGCCGCAGUCCAAGUGGGCCUGACCUAGACCAGCCUCCCAUCUUGAAGAGAGAGCGCCCCUUAGAGCUUAAUGGCACAGGCCGUUACUCCUCAGCCCCCAGCUCUGAUGAUGAGGACUCAGGAUACCCCGCUGACAGCUCCAGUUCACGAAUUGAAAGAAAAAUUGCCACUAUAUCCUUGGAGAGCAGAGAUGGACCCGGUAGAUUAGGCGAUAGUGAAAGAGGCAGAAAAUCUGGUAGCAGCAGUGGAAACAGCACAGGUAGUGAGGCCUCCUCUUCAUCCUCCUUGUCCUCUACUAGCAAGUGGAAAUCUACCUUUUCACCUAUUUCCGACCCAAAGCAACCCAACUCUGAACUAAGACAGGGGGGCUCUCCAUUUGGCAUGGGGGGGUCGAGCCGGGGCAAUGACUCAGAUUCUGACCACAAACAGCAGCAUCAGCAGGUGAGAAAAGGGAGUGACGGAGAGUCGUCCAGCUACAUGACCCCCAAUCCCUUCCUCAGUCAGGAGGCAGGGACCCGGGGUGGAGGCAGCUGUAGUGGUGGUGGACCCCAGGGAGGCAGUGGCUCAGACCAACGCCAGGCCCUCCAGAAGCAGAAAGCCCCUCGCGACUGGGAGCUGAAGACGAGCAGCAGCCUAGCCAGUCAGAACCUAUUUAUUUCUGCUGCGGCAAGCAGUGGAGGAGGUAUUCUGAGUGGGAAGGUGGGAGGCAGUCCUGUAGCAGUUUCCUCAACCACAGGGUCAUCUGUAGGACAGUACCUGGGGUCUCCGUUCCCACUUGGAGGGACAUCAGUCUUACAGUCCUUGUUCGGGGCUCAGACAGGAGGAUCCACGGUGAGUGGGACCCCACGGCUCGUCAACGGACACUCUGCCUUGGGAAGCUUCUCCAGUGCAGGGCUGGCAGGGGGAGCGGCUGGAGGUAAUUGAUAAAAGCUACCUCAACAUUAAAUAAACUAUGCAAAUGUCCAGGUGUGGACCAUAGCACUCUCCUCACUCACUGGUGCUUCAAAACGUCUGCACUACCCAACCGCCUCCAAGACCGGCUUCUGUACUGGGAACUCUGGCACACGCACACACAGACACAGACACACACACACACACACACACACACACACACACUCACUAACCCCCACCACCACUAUGGUCACCUUGAGCAGAAUUCAUCGGUUACUGGUCAUGUUUAUGUGGAGUGUUGUUAGUUAGUAUGUUGGUUUGAAAAUCUUACAGCAUAGAAAUCAGUACUGGCUGCUGCCCAGCACUGAAGGAACUGAAUUAUCAUGUCUGGUUUAACAUUAAGGUGCUCAAUAGAAUGAUAGUUUGUCAUUUCUCUUUCUUUGUUACUAUUAUAGCAACUAGUGUUCUGCAAAAUAAUCAGUUUUGAGUGAUUUGUAUGUAACAUUUAACAUCCGAUUGAAGCACACAGUCCACCUUCUUGAGCUGAAUCUCAUCAGGUGUCACGUUCCCUCCAAAGUUUCACUUCAUAUGAGUGCAUGUGUGUGUGAACACUCAAAAACACUCACAGGCCAGUUCAAUGAACUCUGCUCAGAUGUCAUGCAGCUUUUCCUCUCUGCAUGCAUGUUCUCUUAUCUGUGUUUUCUUCCUUCAGUGAAAUUCAGUGUUUGUUGCAGCAUAUUUGACUAUGAACCAAGAUGAGGAACUUAAUAUUUUGGUCAAACUUGACACUGGAUAAUAAAAUAGUUACUCAUGUAGCAGAAAAUGUGCAAGUCCGGGCUGGAUUUUGGACAACCUAUAAACUCUGGUCAUGUUGAUUAUUUGCUACUUUUUAUAUUGAAGAAAAUGAAAAUUAUGGGUUAUUAAUUUUUAAGUCUCUUUACUUAAAAGCAAAGUGGUACAAAAUCGUUGUAGCUGCCCUUUUUGACAUAUAAAACUAAAAACUACUAUUUCCUUUCUUUGCUACUAACUGGAGCAAAAGCAUUUAAGUUCACAUUCUGAGUAAUGAAAAUAAUUCUUGAGAUAUGGUUAAGCGUUUCUCUGCAAAUAUCAGAUAUUUAACAUAUCAGUGAAAGUUUCCUUGAUUACUCAGAAAGGAGCCUUUUGGUAUUUUUUGACAAUAAACGGGCAUAUUUCACAUUCUCUAAAUGAUUGAAGGAUGAAGAGUAGGGAAGAACAUCAGUGUAUAUUUUUAAGUCCUUACACAUAAAAUGUUCUGAUUUCAGCCGAAGUUUGGAAAUAUGGUGAAUUAGCAAAAUUUCCAUUUCCAUGCCAAUAAUGCUGAGUACAUUUUAAUGUUUUUUUCCAAAAAAGACCCAAUGAAAUUAAUUUAAUGAGAUGUUGCUCUGUGUAGAUAUAGUCAGCCACUCUGUAGUAGAAACCCAUUGUUAGUGUCGGAGAGUUGUGGCUGCACUGUUGUUAAGUGAAGCUGAAUCCAGGUGUAAAAGAAUAACAGUAAAACCACAGAAGAUUGACCUAAUUUCUGUAUUUAUUAACAUUUUUUUCUUCACUCAAUUUGCUAAAUCACACUACUAUGUGGGGCCACGGCAGAAAUACUCUUACAGCAGAUAUUUUUAACUUUUCUUAAGCUAAACUUAUUCAUAUUUAUCUCUGCUGUUGGGAAAUGCAGGUUUAAGCAAAAUGUGUAAGGCUAAAAUGUGGACACAUGUAUGUGGAAUUAUACUGCAUUUAGUUAAUACAACAACACGUACACAUACACACUCAUGCAGGCAAAUCCUCUCACACUGGGAAAACAAGAUUAACCAUAACCACAACAAACUACUGGACUCUUCACACCUUUUUUGUUUGCUUUUUUAUUGUGUAAUUUGUUUUUUGUAAACAAUGUUUGUACUGUGAAUGUGAUUAAUUCUCCAACUGUAUAGUUGUGUAUAAUUUAGAUUAUUAUAUUUAUGC